CAACCGACUGUUGUAGGGAGAGAUCGGCAGAAUGGUGGAGAAGGAGGAGGCAGUGAUCAGCGAGGAGGAGGCGGCGCAGUACGACAGACAGAUCCGCUUGUGGGGGCUGGAGGCACAGAAGAGGCUGCGCACUUCCAGAGUUCUUUUGGUGGGCAUGCGAGGACUGGGGGCUGAAGUUGCCAAAAACUUAAUUUUGGCUGGAGUGAAGGCAUUAACAUUGCUGGAUCAUGAGCAGGUUUCUUCAGAAGACUCUAGAGCUCAGUUCCUAAUUCCAUCUGGGUCCCUGGGCCAAAAUAGGGCUGAGGCAUCUCUCAAUCGGGCACGGAACCUCAAUCCAAUGGUGUCAGUAGAAGCAGAUACUGAAAACAUCAAUCAGAAAUCUGAUGAUUUUUUCACGCAGUUUGAUGUCGUGUGCCUAACGUCUUGCCCCAGUGACCUCUUAGUUAGAGUGAACCAUAUCUGCCACAAACACAACAUAAAGUUUUUCACUGGUGAUGUGUAUGGGUACCAUGGGUCCAUGUUUGCUGACCUUGGAGAACAUGAGUUUGUCGAAGAGAAGGCCAAGGUGACAAAAGCAAAGCCGUUAGUUGAAGAUGGUCCAGAGGCUAAGAAAGCAAAGAUCGACCCUACAGAGACCAUUUUGGUUAAAAAGAAAGUACAAUUCUGCCCACUAAAAGAUGCCCUAGAAAUUGAUUGGCGUAGUGAAAAGGCAAAGUCUGCUCUGAAGAAGACUCCCACCGACUACUUCCUUUUGCAAGUUUUAAUGAAGUUUCGCACAGACAAGGGACGGGAUCCCCAGCCCAGUAGUUACCAGGAAGACUCUGAGCUGCUCCUUCAGAUCUGCAGUGAUGUUCUAGACUCCCUAGGGGUCAGCCCAGAUCUCCUGCCCAAAGACUUUGCAAGCUACUGCUUUUCUGAGAUGGCACCAGUCUGCGCAGUAGUCGGAGGAGUUUUGGGCCAGGAAAUCGUUAAGGCUCUAUCCCUGAGAGAUGCCCCCCACAACAACUUUUUCUUCUUUGAUGGGAAAACAAGCAAUGGGAUAGUUGACUGCCUGGGUUCCAAAUGAGAGGAAGCACUAUGGCCUGCAAGUCUUACCUGAAGGAGGAGCUAGCAAGUGUUACUGCUGCCAGCUUUACAAGAGAAUAACCACAAUAAUAGUUACAUAGACAUGAAGAACAAAAGUCAAUUCCCAUGUAUCAUGUUUCAGUAGGCAGAAAAUUGCUAGUAUCUUCAUACAGGAGAAAUCGCUAAGAUACUGUGCAACUACAUUGGCAUCAUCCUUUGCUGAUCCAUACACAAUGAUUAAGUAAAAAAAUAAUCCUGCCCCUAUGUAUAGUGACAGAUAAAAAAGCACUUCCAUUUGUAAUUUUGCAUCUUUUGUAUUUGCAGGUUUAUGGUGACGUUGCUUUUUUACUUCUGACCAUUUCACAGAUCAAAGUGACCCAAUUUAACAAAUGGGGGGUCUGAAUCGCAAAAGCAACUUGAGCCAAUCCAUUCUCUGGCCAAAAUAUUUAUAGGAAGAAAUACACAAACAAAAGUAAGAAUUCUCAGUGCGAAUAUUCACAUGUAGAUUCAAAUGGAACUGGUUUGAUACAUUCAGAGUAUUACUAAAACAAAAGGCAGAUGUAUCACACAGCUACUUCUGUUUAUGCGAUUGGCUACUAAAUAAUUCUAAAUGCAACUGUAAACUGUUUUCUGUAUCUUUGUGUUUUUUGUUUUUUCAUUUUGUAAUAAAAAAAGAUCUGUUUCAAA